CAAGAUGUGAUAUGGGAAUGAAGAGACGGGAAAGUCGGUAUUGAGAGUAUAGAUUCCCCUGCUAGCUAGGCACCACUUUGGCGAUCAUAGUGGGGUCCGUAUUCAUCAGCCACCUUCAAACUGCAGCUGCACCAAUCCCCUCAAACCGCCAGGCGUCAAGAUUCCCAGCACCUCCCGCGGGUGCCUGAUCGUUCGCAAUGUCUCUCAGGCAGAUAUAUAUAUGAUUUACGCUGCGAAUGUUCAAUUCCGGUCCGUUGGUCGCGUUUUCCAGUCGUCUACCCCGCAAAUUGGCACGAGACAGCACCCGCAUGCGGCGUUCAGCGCGUAUUCCCUUCCAUAAGGUAGCAUCUUCUAGUCUCGAUAUUGCGAAUUGGACUUUUCCAGCAUGAAUACUACGUUGCCGGUACGGAUUGGCAACACACCAUACGCGUUCGAUCCGAAUACCAACCAUUCCCCCGCUCUGCUCGCCGAUAGCGCGUCAAGAUCGAACGGCGUUCAAGAUAGAUUGAUAGUGGGGGUGGAUUUCGGUACUACCUAUAGCGGGGUUGCAGCUUGUUAUAGUGGGACACCCGAGGACAUCGACAUAAUAAAAACAUGGCCUGGCGGCAAUGGCAUCACAUCAGAUAAAGUGCCCACCGAGAUUGCCUACAGCAGCCCGACCAGCGACUCCUCGUCAGGUCAGGUGAAUGUAAAAUGGGGUUUCCAGUUUAAACCGGAGGAGCCACGCCUACGAUGUAUCAAGCUUUUCUUGGACCGUAGCCAAAAACUUCCACACUUCGUCUCGCCGCUCGAGACUGCAGCACAAUUGGGCAAGCAUGGCAAGACUGUCAUGGAAGCAGUGUCUGAUUACCUUGGCCAGAUAUACAAGCACACGAUGGAAACAUUAACGAAACGAUAUGGGGAGACCUUCAUGAGCAUGACAAAGGUAGAGUUCGUGUUGACGGUGCCAGCGGUCUGGUCGGAUGCAGCAAAGGAUGCCACCCUUAGGGCGGCUGAGAAAGCGGGCAUGGGUAGGAAGGGCGAUCUGAAGUUGAUAUCGGAGCCGGAAGCCGCAGCAGUUUACACACUCAAGGCUAUACAACCAAAUUAUCUGAAGGUUGGAGAUAGUUUCAUCGUGUGCGAUGCUGGAGGCGGCACUGUCGAUCUUAUAGCAUACAAGAUAACGCAGCUCAACCCCCUUCGCGUUGAGGAAUCCGCAGUUGGCACGGGAGGACUCUGUGGCAGUGCAUUCCUCAACUAUCGCUUUGAGGACCAUGUCCGUCGGCGCAUCGGUCACGAGCGCUAUCAAAUGAUGCGUGAAAAGAAACCGAAAACCUGGAACAUGGGCCUCAAAUAUUUUGAAGAAUCGGUCAAGCGCAACUUCAACGAGGAAGAGCAUGCCGAAGUCAACAUACCAUUUCCCGGAUUGCCGGAUGAUGAGGAGGCGGGGCUCGACUCGGGCUUCCUGAUCAUGAGUGCGGAGCAAGUCCAGGAGAUCUUCGAUCCGGUUGUACAGGAGGUUAUCAACCUUGUGGAAGGGCAGGUGCAGAGCAUAAGAGCGAAGGGCGGACUGGUGUGCGGGAUCGUGCUCGUCGGCGGCUUUGGGCAGAGCAACUACCUGUACCGGAGGAUGAAGGCGCACUUCAAUACUGCGCCGCCACCACCUUAUACCGAACGACCGACGCAUGCGGCAGCUGUGAAUGCGGAACAUAGUGUGGAGGUCAUGCACCCGAUGUAUGCGUGGACGGCGGUGGUACGCGGUGCAGUCUUGAGAGGACUGGAGGGCAGCAUGGUAGUGAGUAGGCGAUCGAGAUGGCACUACGGGACGUCAUACGCCACUGUCUUUGACGAGGCGAAGCAUCCCAUCUCGGACCGGUACUGGUCCCCUCUGUGGGAACGGUGGAUGGUCAGUGACAGGAUGCAGUGGCACAUAGCAAAGGGCGCCCAAGUCUCUGAGAAUUCUCCCAUCUCAUUCCACUACACGCGCAAUUUCCGGCCUGGGCAAUCACUCAUAGUCGAAGACGACCUGAUUGCCUGCGACGACGACGUCGCGCCGGAUUCAUACCGCAAAGGCCUCAUCAAUGUGUGCACGCUUACCACAGAUUUGAACGCCGUGCCCAAGACGUUGUUCACUCGGUUGACGACGACGAAGGGCGUCGAGUUUGACAACCUGGAUUUCACGCUCGAUAUGCGGAUUGAGAGUGCCGGGUUGGUGUUUGAGCUCAAGGUUGAUGGGGUGAGGUACGGGAGCGUGAGUGCGAAGUUUCACUAAUAGCUAGGAGACGGAGUUUAUAGACUACCGAAAAAACGGCACUAAGCCUCUAACACCGUAAGCAGUAAGCGAUGCGACGCAACACUAUUUCUAUGGUCUCAGUCCGCCUGAAGCAGGCACCAUUACCAGAGAGGAUCCGUCAGAAUCGACGAAGGAUCCAGAUACCCAGGGACAGGAUGCACCAUGCCUCUCGUCAGCGCUAGGGAGAAUUGCUUAGUAGGGAGGAGAAGAAGGUGUAUAAGUUGACGGAGGUCCCUGUGGUUGUCGGAUUUCCAUCUAUAGUCUCAACCUCCUCCUGAGUUCCUCCUCCACAUAUACCAAUCCAAUUGACCUUGUAUCUACCCCACCAAAAAAAAAAAAAAAAAAAAAAGACACCCC